AUGCUCGCUUUGGAGCGCCCUGCUCGCGAGCAAUCUUAUCUCCAACAACUCCCCAUGGAUUCGUCUGCCUUUAGCAGCCCGCUAGACUCCCUUGACCCGCAGCAACAAGCGCUCUUUGGGGCAUACAACAAUAGCAGCAGUCUUUCAUGCGAUCCUUAUCCAUUAAUGCUCCAGCAACCCUUGGCUCUGGAUUCUCCGCUACUUUACCCUGCCAAAAGUGAAUUAAGGCUGGCGCCAAAGCCCUCCAGCUCGCCACAGUUUCUACCGCUCUCCCAGCCCGGCGAUCGGUACUCUUCGAUCAGUUCCUCGGCUUCUACCCACUCUCUUCCCAGCGCAACAAAUUCAUCAAUAGGUUCCCCUUAUCAAGACCAGUGGCUUGACCUCGACGUCUCCGUCGGUGCGGAGCAAGUAGCCAUGGUUGGUGAAGGGUAUCCAAAUGACUUCCUGUCUAAUAGCAUCGACCCUGAGAUGCUAUAUGCGAGCGAAAAGUUUUCCACUCCUUAUGUGGGUAAGUACUUUCUAGACCUCGUUUUCUCUCUCUCAACUCUUCUUUUCUUCCAUUCUUCCUCUUUUAUAUCCUAUAAAUCUUGUGCCUGUUGGUCGAGCGAUAUAACUUAG